UUCGUUUUAUAACUUGUAAUAAAUUGUUCCAAGUCCAAGUUUAUUGUUUGAAUAAGUAAAAUAUGUGUUCGAUAAAUACCAUACUGUUUUUCUGCGUGGCGUUGUACUUUUUGCAUUGUCAAUGUGGUAACCCUACUACAGAAAAUGUUCAAAUGAUAAGAAACAUUGUCAAGAAACAUAAAAGGACAACUAGCAUAGACUUUAAAGGUGUAAAAGAUGUAAUUAAAGAAGUAGCAGAGAAAACGGGCGUAUACAAAAAAUUCUACAGUUUUGACCGUAAAUUCACUAUAGACGAAGUUGAAAGAAUCGCCCAUGAAUUUGUAGUAUUUCAAGAUCAGGACUUAACGGAGGUUAUUAGAAACAUAGUCAAGAAAUAUGGAAUCCCAAAUGGCAUAAACUUUAAAGAUGUAAAAAAUGUCAUUAAAGAAGUAGCAAAGACAACGAGGUUAUCUGAAGAAUUUCCCAGUCUCGAUGAGUUGCAAACCGCAGCACCAAACCGCGAAUUCACAAUGGACGAAGUUGUAAGAAUCGCUCAAGAAUUUUUAGCUUUGCAACAUCCGGAUCUAAAGGAAAUAAUAAGAGACAUAUUCGAGAAACAUGAAAAGCCAGAUGGCAUAGACAUUGUAGAAUUAAAGGGUGUAAUUCAAAAUGUUAUAAGAGAAAUGGGUACACCUAUAGAAUUCCCUGAUGUUGAUGAACUGAAAAACGCAAUAUCAAACUGCAAGUUUACUGCGGAGGAAGUUGAAGCCAUCGUCAAUGAUUAUUUAUUUUCUAAAUAGUUUGAUUUAAAUAUUAAAUCUUAUUAAAUAUAUAUAUAUAUAUUUAUGUAUGUAGUAUGUCAAGUAUAAAAUAUAGUUUUGAUUGAUUAGUAAAUCA